CGCCGUCCAUCAUGCCCAGCAAAGGUAUCUCGGUAUACAGCUAUAUCGGCGUCCCCGGAUACGCGAUCGGCUUUGCCGUUCCUAAGCAGGAGGUGCUGCGCGAUGCGUCCCACAACUUUACCAGCCAUCAACUCGAAAUCGAGUCGUCGAAUAUUCAGGGGCUCGGCAACUUCAUCGGCCGUUAUGAGUGGACGGUAUUCCGCUAUGGCGAGCGCGUUGCCGAUGCACACAAUGACAUUAACACCCUGACGGGCAAGAUCGAGGGAGGUACGAUGGUAGCGACGCAGGACUUCCACCCGAUCAUCACCGAGGACGCCAUCAUCACCUACGGCUUCUACGCCGCGGGCCACGGCGAGGUUGGUCUGACCAACCGCCACCAGUCCUACGUGACCAUCUGCUCGCGAGAAAACCGCGUUUGGAUGGGCAGCGUCGCUCCGCCAGACUCCCCCGCUGCGCAGCAGCCCUUUUCGCGCUUCGUGCUGGCCGCGCCGCACGACAACGGAAUGAACAGCAUGAUGACAUGCGAUGCUAUCUUCGACCACCUUAACACAGACAUGUUGACGGUAGUCCGCAAGCUGGUCCCCUUACUGGAGCACGUCAAGCACGUCCCAGACCACUUCCUCAUGCAAAAGCUCCCGCACAUCGUCUACGGUCUCUCCGUCACCCAGAAGAAGACCAUCUCCAUCAUGCUCGCCAUGGGAGCACGGUACUUCGAGUUCCGCCCCGCCAAACUCCUCCCCAUGUUCCAGAAAGUGUCUGGCCUACGAGACACAUUCUACUUCCAACACGCAUGCAUCCCAGGUCUUGCUUUCGAUGGCUUCCUCCGCGAACAAGUCGCCUUCCUCGACGAGAAUCAAACGGAGAUCGUCACCAUCCACAUCCGCUGGGACAACAUUGUAGCGGACUGUCAACGCCCAACAACAGACGAAAUCACCCAGCUGCUCAACGAGGCCUGUGCGCGAGCAAUUCGCAGCCCUCUCACCUGGGGUGCGCGCGAGUGCUUUGACCAACCGAUUGAGCACCUGCGUCGCACGGGCACCCGUCUCAUCGUCGUCAUCGAUGCCGAUAAAUACGAUAGCUGGACAGCUGAAGCAUACGCUACACUCAGCCCGGCCUCGAUCCUUGCUCGUUUCGAGAGCAUGACUACCGAGGGCCAAGAGAGUAGUGAUCUGACCAUCCUGCAGUGCCAGGCGACUUCCCAGUCCAUCAAGGAGGUACUUAUCUACAGCGUUUUGUCUGCUCAGGGAGCCAGCUCGUGUCUCACCUCGACCAAGGGGAUGCUUGAUAUGCGUACUCUGCCGUGGAUUAGAGAGAAUGCUCUUGAUCGACUGCGCGCAGAGAAGACUAUUGUGAUCAUGAAUGACUUUAUCGACGGGGCAACUGUUGAUACGUCUAUUUUGCUGUCGAGGCAGCGGUUGACUUUGUAAAUAACUUGCCAUACGUGACAGGUGCAUGUAUGGCGCAGAUAGAUCGGGUGGAUGGAUUACUUGCUAUUUUCUCUCAAUAGAAUCUUAUACUAUUUUG